AUGUCUAAUAAUAUCUCCUUUCCGUCAGUCGAAGAAGUUAAUAAAUGGAGCCCGGAUGAUGUUAUUACUUUUCUAGAGUCCAAUAAAGAUGAGCUAUUUCUCAGGGAUCAAGACAUUAAAACAAUUAAAGAUAACUGGGUCCCCAGUUCAGCCUUUCUCGAGUUAAGUCAAGAUGAGCUUCAAGGGUGUGAGUUGCAAAUAGGAUCAGCAAAAGUCAUUGCAAAAUUGAUUAGAGAAAUUAAUAUUCGAGUUGUUGUUGAUGUUCCCGUUACUGGUGAUUGUAAUCCUGGCAUUGUGACAUACUUGUUUGAUUUAUAUUUUGUAAUGUAUUUUUCACGUGCAGGAAAAUGGUUAAUUUUACCUUCUGUUGAAUCAAGAGAAUCCAAGAAGGGAAAAAUUAUAGAGGCGGAAUUUAGUAACAUUUGUGAUUUGGUCAAUCAUUUACGAAAUAGUAAAAAAGAGGUUAUUGCAUCAACGUCCGGUUCAACCAAUAUUGAAGAUGUGAUUGAAGAAAUGAUUAUAAAAGAGGAAGAACCAGCAUUAUAUGUGAGAAAAUCAUACGAGGACCUUUACCAUCUAAUGAUCAACCAAGCUUCUAAGAGUUCUGAUCACAAGUUCCUCGUCACCGGCAUUUCAGGUAUUGGUAAAUUAUGCUUCUUGAUUUACUUCUUAAUCCAGCUUCUUUGUGAAUCCGAGAAUCCCACGAUAAUUUUUCAGCCAGUUCAAAGCAAAGACUUCUACUGUUUUGAGGAUCUUAAUCUCAGUUUCGGUCGUUAUGAUGAUUUCUCAACUCACUUUCAAUCCUCCGAAAUGUGGUACCUAGCGGAUGGAAUUUUAUCUCCCAAGUUAGUCCCGGCGAAAACGGUGGUUGCUUUAUCGCCAAAAGGCGUAGUUAAAGACAAAUUUCAAGAAUUCAGGAAGGAUCUAGUACAAACAUUUUACAUGUCACCUUGGUCACUAGAAGAGUUGUUAUUUUGCUGGAAAUAUGUUUUCUCAGACGUGCCUGAAGACAUAAUAUUAGCUCUUUAUGACAAGGCAGGCAGUGUGCCAAGAUACGUUUUCCGAAAGGUUGAAAUCUCAUUGAAAUAUGGUUUAAAUCCAAAAACGCCAGAAGGGAAAGAGAUGAUCAUAAAGAAAGCUUUUGAAAGGCCAGAUCCUUCUUAUAAUAAUUAUCACCUUCAAUGGGCUUCUCGUUAUAUAUACGAUGAGAUCGAGAGAAGACUAGAGAAACAGUCAUGGAGCUCUCUUUUGGAGAGGAUCCAAAUGAUGAGAAACUAUUCCAGUGCUAGAGGGAUUAUGUUCGAGAUGUACGUAAUCCAUAUUUUCCGGUCUAGUAAUGAUCAAUACGCUAUGAGAGAACUGCCGAAAAGCCUUAAGACAAAAGAUAUUCUCCAACAUAGGAAAUUUUCCAUGGGUAAAUCGCCAACAAUUAGUAAUAUUCGAAUUGCAAAGGAACUUUCAAGUAAAAGUGAUGAGAUAAUUAUCCUUCCUGAGACAUCAAAUUUUAGUGCGACAGAUCUAUUUUACACGCCAGAUAUGAUUUUUCAAAUUACGGUAUCCAACAAUCAUCCAAUCAAACAAGUCGAGCUAGUUAAUAUAAUUGAAAAUAUGCCGGCCUAUAGAAGGAAAACCCCAAUUAAUUUGGCCUUUGUAGUACCGGACGAUAUAUAUGACACUUAUAAAUAUCAAGAUAUUGUAACAAAAGAUACGAACAGUAAGAGCUUUCGAAAGGUCAAAAAACAGGACGCAAAACUCAAGAAUAUUCAACAAUGGGUUUUAAAAAUCGAUAUUAGUUCGAGUAAGUCGACUAAGUUUGUAAAAGCAAAAGAAACACUUAUGCAAAGUCUUAAAUUCAGAACAUCAUCAGGAUCUUCAUCUAUAGUUGAAUCAGAUUUAUCUGCAAUAGUGCAAGAGUCAAAAUCAGGAGUUGAUUCAUCA